CAAUGUGAUCGAUUAGUUCAGUCUAGUGCAGUACUAUAUUCCAUAACAAGAGGAAUAUAGUACUGCAGUAGAAUCAACUGUAUGAGCUUGACCACUCUCUCUGCUUGAUGCAAUGUGGCUGUCCAAAACAAUAUUAUUAUAUAUAUUUAAAAAGUGUGUUUUUUCUUGUACUUUCUGGGUUUUUUUUUUGCUUGUUGAAUCGCCAUAGCUUUGACACUCCUCCCUCGCGUAAUCACGUGGUGUCUCAGAUUGCCGGGAAUUUUCUUUUUUAAGUGACUGUGGUAAGACAAGAGACAGUAUUGUAUAAAAGUUGAAAACCAUCGCUGUAGUGCAUUACACACCCUCGCCAGACUGGAAAAUGCACCCUUCAGACAGGGAGGGUGUCUCCUGUACAAACAAAUUAGAUAACCAGCUGUUGGUGCUUCCAGAAAAGCUACGUCAAAGACUGAUGCCUUUCCAGAAGGAGGGGGUCAAGUUUGCCAUCUCCAGAAACGGCAGGUGUAUGAUAGCAGAUGAGAUGGGCCUUGGCAAAACCAUCCAAGCGAUCUCUGUGGCAUACUUCUAUAAACAAGAGUGGCCUCUGCUGAUAGUGGUUCCAUCAUCACUGAAAUAUCCCUGGAUUGAAGAAAUGGAGAAAUGGAUACCCGAGUUAAACCCAGAUGACAUCAAUCUCAUUGACAACAAAGUCGACAUUGGGAGAAUCUCUACAAGCAAAGUAACAGUGCUGGGGUAUGGACUGCUCACCAGUGAUGCAAAGACUUUGGUGGAUGCCCUUCACAAACAGAAGUUCCAAGUUAUUGUAGUAGAUGAAUCCCACUACCUGAAAUCAAGGAACGCUGCACGUAGUAAGAUCCUGGUCCCGAUUGUGCAGAAGGCAGCCCGGGCCAUUCUUCUUACAGGAACACCUGCUCUUGGGCGCCCUGAAGAGCUUUUUAUGCAGAUUGAUGCCCUGUAUCCUAGGAGAUUUGGAACAUGGAUUGAUUUUGCUAAAAAAUAUUGCAAUGCCCAUGUCAGGUUUUUUGGCCAAAGACGCCAGUGGGACAGCAGGGGAGCUUCUAAUUUAGAUGAACUGCACCAACGCUUAAGCAAAAUUAUGAUCCGAAGAAUGAAAGAUCAGGUCUUAACACAGCUCCCUCCAAAAAUCAGACAGCGCAUACCAUUUGACCUCCCAAAAGAAGGUGCCAAGGAAGCGACUGCCAGCUUUGAGGAGUGGGAGAAAUUAAUGAGGGCACUGGAUUCGGGUACUACAGGGACUGAUAACUCCUUUGUGGAAGUCAUGGGACUCAUUACGCGCAUGUACAAACAGACUGCAAUCGCCAAGGCAGGUGCUGUAAAGGACUACAUCAAAAUGAUGCUGGAAAAUGAAAAGCUCAAGUUUUUGGUAUUUGCUCACCAUCUGACAAUGCUUCAGGCUUGCACAGAAGCUGUCAUAGAAGCAAAGGUUCGGUACAUUCGUAUAGAUGGAAGUGUUCCGUCAUCUGAAAGGAUCCACCUUGUCCAUCAGUUUCAGAAUGACCCAGAUACACGAGUAGCUGUCUUGAGUAUACAGGCUGCUGGGCAGGGAUUAACAUUUACCGCCGCUACCCAUGUUGUAUUUGCUGAGUUAUACUGGAACCCUGGCCAUAUAAAACAGGCUGAAGACAGAGCUCAUCGAAUCGGCCAGUGCAGUUCUGUCCAUAUUCAUUAUCUUAUUGCAAAAGGAACUUUCGACACAGUCAUGUGGGGGAUGUUAAAUCGCAAGGCAAAAGUGACAGGCAGUACCCUCAAUGGUAAAAAGGAACAUUUGAAAGCAGAUGUCGGGGACAAGGAAAAGUGGGAUUUUCUCAACUUUGCCAGUGCUUGGACUCCAAGUGAGACUUUGCACAGCGAUUUACUAGACAGCAAAGACGAGGUUUUCUUUUCUCAUUUUGAGAAAGAAAAACAGCACGACAUUCGCACCUUUUUUUCACCAAGGGCAGGCAAAGAAAAUAAGAGGAAAAGACCCACAGAGGAGUCCCCUGCUGGCAUACCAAAUGAUGAAGACAAGGCAGAGAUGACGAUCCUUCACCAGUCAGUUGAGGAAGGGACUAUGACUAAGGGAGGAUCCCAGGAAAUAGCUGACGAGGAGAUACUGGAGAUUGCUACUGAGCCCCAGAGUAAAAGGAUGAGACAUUUAAGCCAGCCCAUGAUCAGAAACUCUGGAAAACAGAAGAGAAAAUCUUGGGCUGGGAAAGCCAGUUCCCCUGUCUCACUUCAGAGAUCCCAAAGGGUUUCAGAAGGUGCAUCACUGCUUUGGAAAAAGCUACCGGCUGUGGAAAGGGAGUGGAACUGUAUCUCCUGCACGUACACUAACAGCUCUUUAUUGCCUUACUGCGAGGUGUGCGAGACCCGCCGCGAUAGCAGCAGCAACCCCAGCAAAGAAGAAAGUCAGCAAAGCAACAAAGCUACCUCAGAGAAGGAGCAGGUGCCAGAAGGCCUGUCCCAGACUGACUGCCUUGUUAUUUCUGACACCGACAGUGAGAGUGACAGCAACACGCGUACGGAUCCUGAGCAGACUAAUGAGAUGGAAAUGGAAAAACAGAAACCUGAAAAAUCUCAAUGCAAUAAAUCUCCAUCUCAAAAUAUUGAAGACGAGACAGUAUGCGAGUCUGACAAUGCCAGUGCUCCAGUCUACGAAGGUCUAAUGUUCUGUGCCAGCAGAAACACAGACAGGAUCUAUCUCUACACCAAGGAUGGGGAUCCCUUGAACUGCAAUUUCAUCCCACUCGAUGUCAAAUUAGAAAACUGGGAAGAUUUGCCAGAUAUAUUUGAAAAUAAAAAAAACCGUAUACAGAUUCUGAGGUUUGUCCAGGAAUGGAGCAGUCUGACCGCCAUGAAGCAGCGGGUCCUGCGAAAAACUGGCCGUAUCUUCCGCAGUCCAGUCUUGGUGCUGGAAGACAUCACAAAGGGGCAGCGGAGACAAAGCUGCACAAAAAGAUAUCUUACCAAAGAGGAUGUGGUGCAGGCAUCGCUCGGUAAGGCACAGAAAGAUGGAGGAAGCGUGCGAGUUGUUUGCAAAGAAAAUGUCUUCAGCAGAAUGAAGGUGGCUCAACAAACUAAUGCAAUCCCUGCUCGGGCUGAAGGAGAAUCUGUGAAUGGCACCACUCAAAGUGUAGCCUCCAGCUCAGCCAUGCCCUCGCAGACAGCGGCUGACUCUCAGGAGAAGGGCUACCUGCAGGCGCUGGAUGCAGAAGGGAACCCUCUGUGCCUCUGCUGCCAGCUGCCCAGCCUCCAGGUGAACACUGCCUGGGACACCCGCUUCUGCUCCCAGAGGUGCCAGGAGGAGUUCUUGGUGCGCUCCAACCAGUCCUACAUGAGAGCCAAGGUCUUCGAGACGGAGCGCGGAGUCUGUCAGCAGUGCAAUCUCCACGCCCAAGAACUCUACCAGCGCAUCAAAGACGCUCCCAGAGUCAGCAGGAAGGACAUACUGGAGAACACCUGGAUGUCACAGCUGUCUCUCAAUCAGCUGAAUGAAAUGAUCAGGAACCCAACCGAAGGCCUGUUCUGGCAGGUAGACCAUAUCAGACCAGUGUAUGGUGGAGGAGGGCAGUGCUCCCUGGACAACCUGCAGACUCUGUGUACUGUCUGCCACAAGGAGAGAACUGCAAAACAAGCAAAAGAAAGAAGCCAAAUGAAGAAAACUACAGCUGCAUCUAAAUUAGCCUCAGAUAUAAGCAGGUUCUUUAUUAAGAAAUGAAAGUUAAUGGAAUUAUAGAAAAACUACAAAAUGACCUGGUUAUAUGUUUGAACAUUUGUAAUGCAUGUUUCAUAUAAAGGUUAUUUUUUUAAUAAUUAUACAAAAUGUAAUAUUCUUAGUGUUAAUUGUAUGAUAAUUAUUAAGCAAGUCAUUGGUGUUGGUAACUUUUUUAAUUUGUAGGUGUCAUUAUACUAUUCCUAGACGGAGCCCGUGAAGGUUCAAAAUAAACCCCCAUGAUAAGCUUUGCAAUAUAAUAAGACAAGACAGACAGCCCUGUUAAACCUCUGUAGGCAAUGGACUUACUGAGAGGGAUAUGAAACCAAUUCAACUGAAGCCUAAUAAAAAAAUGCUGUAGUCUUUCAUGGUAAAGGCCAACAUCUUUUUUUUAAUUAUUAUUAUUAUUAUUACUUGGAGCUAAUAUUGUCAAAACCAGUUUUUACUGAAUAAUAAAUGUUCAUUUGAAUAUGUUAAUGUUAAAUAAAUUGAUGUGUGUUUUA